UCACUCCACGCACCAUUUUCUUCUUCUUCUUCUUCGUCUUCGUCACCGCCAGCCAACCACCUGACAAAGCAAGCAAUCGAGCUGAGCACCCCAACCCAACCCUAGGCAGAGGCUGAGGCUGAGCGAGAUCGCGGGCAUGAGCUCCGCGCCGCAGCAGUUGCUCGAUUCGUCGUCUCCGGGGCCGGGGCCGGGGCCGGAGGUGGAGGACGACGGGGGAAGGAGGGUGAGGAAGCCCUACACCAUCACCAAGUCGCGGGAGAGCUGGACCGACCCCGAGCACGACAAGUUCCUCGAGGCGCUGCAGCUGUUUGAUCGUGAUUGGAAAAAGAUUGAAGCAUAUGUUGGCUCUAAGACUGUAAUACAGAUCAGAAGCCAUGCACAGAAGUACUUUUUGAAGGUUCAAAAGAAUGGAACAGGCGAGCAUUUGCCCCCUCCUAGGCCAAAACGGAAGGCAGCACAUCCAUACCCACAUAAAGCCUCAAAAAGAGCCCCUCAAGUUGUCCUACCACAACAAGCUUCUCAUCUAAUGGAGCAAGGCUGUCUUAUACCUAUGGACAUAUCUCCUGUUGCUAGAAACUUUAAUGCAAAUGAUGUAUUUUCUUCCUGGGAUAGUGCUCUUGCCCAAAGUUUCAGUCCAAGGCAUACACAUGGUGCAGCAAAUAAUUGUUCUAGUAGCGUAGAGAGCCAAUCUGGAACUUGUCCAACUUCUGAGGCAAUUGAGCAAGAGAUCAUGCUUCCAACGCUGCGUGCCAUGCCAGACUUUGCUCAAGUAUACAACUUCCUGGGAAGCAUAUUUGAUCCAGAGACAAGUGGGCAUCUUCAGAGGUUGAGAGAGAUGGAUCCAAUCGAUGUUGAAACAGUGCUGUUACUGAUGAAAAAUUUGUCAAUAAACCUGACAAACCCAAACUUUGAAGCACAUAGGAAGGUACUCGCAUCACAUGGAUAUGGCAUGGACCAAGUGAAGCAUGAGAAUUUAGGGGAUCUGGGAUCAACUCACACCCUUCAUCUCCCAUUCAUGGUAACGACCAAAUGAAAGAACACCACCACAAUCAGCAUCCAUUGGGGGUAACAAGCAAACCCUGCUAUCAGCACCCAGUGGCGAUUUUGAGUGAAUCCGAAAUACCACAUUGUGUUAGCGACAUGUUGUACUGUCACGUUGUACAUAUAGCAGUUAGUAAUGCUCUAACCAUUAGGCUAGUUUUGCUCAUCAUCUAGAUGGCCAGGUAGUUUAUGUGCCUGUGAUUUUUUUUUUUUGCCUUUCCUUUUAUUUUAACUCAUCUAUGAACCUGCCACAUAGUGGGGUAUGUUGUAUCACGGCAUAUGCAUGCCUUUUGUUUUUAACCCCCUUUGAGAGUUUGGUACUUUGGUUGCAUGUAUUUUUGGCCGUGUAUGCAUAUAUGUAUAUGCGUGUGAUUAUGUAUAGCUGUUUGCACAGGCUAACAAACAGUAGUUUGUAUGGUAAAUAAUAUGUGUCGUGUACCAUCAGAUGAUGUUAGAUGCUCCUCUGGAACUGUUUGUGUACUGAAUAUCCUGGACAGGUGCAACAUAAAUAAAGUCCAGUUUGCUGACACA